CUUUUUUGCACGCUCAGUCAGUUACUGCUGCGACGCCAACGCUGCUGCUGCUGCUGCUGUGCGAUCCCACACACAUACAUACAAAGCUAUCUGGAGUCAGCUGUAGCGUCUCACUGUCAUUGUCGCGUUAUGUGUGUGUGCGUGUGCAUUUCGUAAAGCAAACAGUAAAAACUUCUUUGUCUCGCCAUUGGUCAUGUAUCGUAAUAAUGCGGAUAGUUCUUUUUGUUUCAUCAAUCGCUUAAAUGGUGCCGCCGCCUUAAAUGACGAACUGCAGCAGCCGGGCGAACAUGAACCCACCUCGGCGUUGCUGGGCUACUGCAAACGUAAGUUUUUGCGCCCAUAUGUAGCCAUACUAACUGUAGUUGGUCUCAAUCCCAUUUCCACGGACAUGAGCAAUGUACGCGCCUGCUGCAGCUAUGUCCAGGCUCUAAUGGUGCUCUGUGUGCUACUCCUAGGCUAUGUGCUGCGCUAUAUGUGCGGCUAUCGUGGCGAUCGUGGAUUUACCAGUUAUCGUGAUAUACAUCCAACGAAGAAUGGCUCAGAUGUUUGUGGUGCUGCAAGUGCUGCAACGGUUAGCAACACCAUUGGUGAGCUGCUCUUUGGCUAUGUGGUGCCCAGCGUGCUCAAUUUGCUGAGCUUUGUUUCCGCCGUGCUGGUCUGCAAGGUAAUUGAGCAUGAGCAGCUGCAGAAUCUCAUCGAGCGCGUCUUUCUGCUGUCCGCCAAGCCGAAGCGACUGUGCCGCAUGCUUUGGCUUUAUCUGGGCGUGGCUUUGACGCUAUUCGUGCUGCUCUUUGGCUAUGCCUGCUGUGUGGUUAUUAUGCAGCCGGCACAGAUCAUUAAGGUUGCCUGGCUGGCCGAAGUGCUGCGCGACUGGGAGCUGUCCAUGCGCAUUGCUUUGCUCUGCACAAUUUUGCUGCAGGAUCUGGUGGAGAUUAUUGUACUUAGCAGCUACUAUAUUGAGUGCUACUUGCUGCGCGUGCAUUUGGAAACGCUGUCGCACAAGCUGCUGAUGCACUCCAUCGAUUCGCUGGACUGGAUGCGUGAGAUACUCGAGUUUCGCAAGCUGCUGGAGCGGCUUAAUCAGCAUGUCUCGGUGCCUGUUUGUUUUUUGAUUGUUAUGAAUCUGUCGUAUGCCUUUGCCGGCUUGAUUUAUCUUUUCAAAGACUUCGACUUUCAUUAUUGUGCCUUGAAGCUGGUGCUGCUUAACAUAGCCAAUGUCAUGCUGUGGUUGUUCUUGGGUCUGCUGCCCUUUUUUAUUGCCGGCUCCGUAACGCGCGUUUGCCAGAAUGCACAGGCCAAUGGACAUCAGAUACGUGUGCGUCCUUUUGUCUAUCACAAUACGUCCGCUGAGGAUCUCAAUUCGACGCUGCUGUUCGCCUCUUCGCUGGACAUGUCCGCCAAGCUGUUCCGCAUGCCCAUUCAGUCGAACUAUCUAUGCUUUGCCAUACUUGUGGUCACCAUUGUGGUGCUCACCCUGGGCAUGUGCCUCAAUCUCAGCGCAUUGGGCAAGUUCUAGUGGCAUUACUUAAAUAGCUUUAAAAGUAUUUGAUUUAGUUUUCUUUUAUUUACAAUUCUUGGCUUGAUUUGUGUUUUAGCUAAGCUGUUUAGUUAUAGAUCUGUGUGUGUAUUGUGAACCUAUUUGUGUGUUUAUGUUUAUGCUACAGUUAAUUGUUUAAUAAUUAAUACCAAAUUAAAUAGCAGUUGUUGCUUUCGUUUUGGAA